UGGUAAAGACUAAGAUUACUCAAGGAACUUUAGUUUGAUAAGUCUUUCUAAUAUUUAUGUAAGAUUGAAGUCGCAAAUACAUUGGGGGAGAUACUUAAUGACACAAGUGAGUAACCGAAGUGUUUGCAAUUGUUUCUUGGGGUUGCAUAUUGUUUUGUCUCUCUACACUGAGUGAGAAGUUUUAGUUUCAAAUACUACUACCUGAUAAAGACUACGUGGAUUUGGUCGGAUAUUGAAACCGUGUUCUCUUACCCAUUUUAGGUCGUUGCAAUUGAUGUCUAUGGUGCCUCACAUGUCCUACAAAUGAGGACUAUGAAGUUAGAGUUGGGAUUGUGGAUAUUAAUUAAGAGAUGAAUGACCAUUAUGCAACCUGAAUUUUACCGUUACAAGUUUCCCUUUUGGUAAUCCAAAAUGUUAACGAAGAACAAACACCACAAAGAGACAUGGAAGGCAUACCUGAUACCUUCCAAUAAAAACAAGUUUCCAACAAACAAUUGGGGACAGGAACUAUAUUACUACAACAUUCUCUCUGCUUUAACUUGUGUUGAACAUGGAUCACCUUCAUUAAGUCAAAACUUAGUCAUGUGUAUAUAAGCAUUUGGAAACCUUCUCGUAUGUGGGUUCAUCCAGGUGUUUGCAUUUUAUCGUGUUUUAGUUGGUUACCGUAUAGAGCAUGGAGUUAGCUAAAUAAACUUUUUUUUAUGUGUCGGUAUGGUAGCGUCACAUUGUUUGGUUGUGUUUCAUAUGCACUCUUAGGUGAAUAAAGUCCAGUCAAGGUACCUAAAACUUUUUAUUUUGUGUCUCAAUGCACUCACAACUGCAAUGUUAUGGCGAGUUGUGAGAAAAUCCUUUAGCUAAAUAUUCAAGGUCUCAAGGUUAAGGCUCGAUACUUCAAUUAUAUGUUUAAUGCGAGUCUUUGAUCAGAGGAAGAUAAGGACAUAUCUGAUUUUUGAACCCCUAAUCUACCAAAAAACUUCAUGCGACAAUUUUUUUCCGGCUUUAUGAUUCAAUUGCACGAAACUAGGGAUUUAGUAUUCUGCUAAACAUAGAACAGUGAGACAAGUCAAGCUUCUUGAGCCUGACCUGUGUUUGGCUUGUUGAAAUUUCAUGCGAGAUUGACUUGAAGAAUAAAUAAGCCAAACUCGAGCUUAAAUAACCUAGUCUUUAAAGUGAAUGACUGAAUAUACACUACCGAAUGAACCAUAUUAUCUGGAUCACUGGUUACCCGGAUCGUAUAGGAUGCACUUUUCUACUGAUCCGAUCAGGUUCUGUAAACGAGUGUCUUCAAGUGUACCGUCAACUUAGUUUUUGUUGCAAAUUCCAGAUAGACCAAUGAAACAAGUAUGGUAUUCGACUUUACCCCUCAACAUUAAUGUUCUGCUUACUACGGUUGUUUUUAUUCAUGGAUGGAGCUUGGAAAGCCGGUUAUCAUUGGUGCUGGGUGGUUUCUCGCUAGUAGGGGAUGGAUUCCUUGUUGGCCAUACAUGGACUUCAUGUUGUUGCUCCGGUCCUAUGCAAAUGGAAAAUUUUGGCAAUGUACUUGGCUCUCUAAUGGGCUUUCUUUCACAACUAAUUAUAGUGUUGCUAAUUCUAUCCUAACCGUCUUAAUGUGGUAUUGCAGAUAUAAAGUUUCGUCGUGAACCUUUUGCUGGAGAUUUUACAGUUGACUUUUUUCAGGGUCUAGAAGAUUUUUCGUAAAGUACCGCGAUCAACUAUAAGUGAGCCUUGGCUUCCUAUGUUCUUUGCCCAGUUAUAGGAGUCGGACGGCCUUUUGAUGGUGGAUUGGGGGAUCCUAUAGUGCAUGCUCCCGAGAGCAGCUGUCGCAAACUUGCACACACUGCACAUAGUCCUUUAGGCCACGGCUAACGUAACUUUUAUGUUGGGUGGUUGUUAUUAGUUCUCCUGUAAACUACUUAAUAUGUACGGGUGUAAACUACUUACUAUUAUGUAUAGGUGUAUUAAAAUAUGUUCUCCAAAAUUACUGCAAUAAGUAUGUGUUUGUUCGUAGUGUUAGUUGAAAAAAAAAAGGGGGGGAUGAACUGAUAGGUAUGUUUGGCUUGGGAGAGUGUUUGGCUAUUUUUCUGUCAGAAACUAAAUUUCUAAAUAUGCAUGUCAGAAAGGACUUGUAAUUAUCCCUCUCAAAUAAAACUAUUAAAGCGAAAAUUAUAUGUCGAAGGUUUAACAUCUUAAGAAAAAGGAUUUUUGUUAAAUGUCCUCGUUUCGAUAUACAGGCCGCCUGAUCCCAUGUAAAUUAUAAUUGAUCCUAAUCUUCAAACCUAUCGUACAUGAUGCCUUCCGACUUGAACUUGGGGUAUAGUUUUACGGGAUAAGUUCCCUAAAUUCUAGAAUUUUUUCGUUAUAUAAGUGGUCGCUACUAUGUACUAUAGAAGUGAAUUUUUUUUUAGAACUACUUUGUGUAUAUUAUCUAGAAGAUAAAUAAUGACUAACAAAUGGAAUUAUCAUAACCAUAAUAACUUUGUGUAUAUUAUCAAAAGUUAAGCUUGGCUAUGGUCCUCUCUCGUACCAUUAUACCCCUGUUAAUUCACAAUUACAUGAAUAAUUAGUCAAUUGUUGUGUAAAAGUGGUUCUCUCGAGUAAAUAUACCAUGUCCACGGGGCAUCACGUGGCGGUGUCUCCACACUCUUUUUUUCCACACAUUUACGGAGGUUUACACACCUUAUAGUAGGAACCAUACAAAUCCAGGAGUGUUGAAUAAUUUCUCCCUCAAGGGGAUUAAUAAUUCCAGAAAAGGUAAACAAAGGUAGAGUUAAUUCUUCUGUAUCCUCGAAAUUAUCUAAAUUUUGUAUACUUCGUCUCUAAAUUAUACAAAUAAUAAUUUUGUCUCACAUCUUUCUGACUGCAUUUUAUUUUGUCUAAUUUCAUAAAAUUUUAGACGAAAUAGAUUGCAAAUCAAAAAGUUGAGGGAACAAAAUAGUUAUUUUGAGUAUUGACUAAGUAGGAAAAAUAUGAAUAGUUUAUGGGAUAAAAAUCAUACAGGUAAUUACUAAUUACAAGAACUUCAGGGGGCAAGCUUCCUCUCCAAACCAAACUAAAACCCUAGCAAUAGACAGUGGAAGAUCAACGUCUCCCAAUGGUGAACAAGAGAAAAGCAGCCGCAGAAGCGGAUUUUGAAGAAGAACCUCAGAAAACGAUUGCAGAUCAUUACUCCUCGUCUGAAGACGCAGAGGAAGAAGAAUCCGAAGAAGAAUCAGAGAACGACGACGAAUCAGAAGAAGAAGACCGAUCAGAAGAAGAAGAUGAUGAAGAAGAAGAAGACGAGGAGGAGGAAGACGAGGAAUCGAAGAGGGAGACUCUAAAGAAGCUUCUAGAACCCUUCGGAAAAGACCAGAUAAUCGAGUUCUUGAAACAAGCGGCACUGAAGAACCCUAAAAUCGUCGAACGAGUGACUCAAUCGGCCGAGUCGGACCCGGUGCACCGAAAGAUAUUCAUAUACGGGCUCGGGUGGGACGCCACGUCGGAGCAAGUCCUCUCCGUUUUCAGGAAGUACGGCGAGAUCGAGGAGUGCAAAGUUGUAGCGGAUAAACUCACAGGCCGAUCAAAGGGGUACGCAUUCGUUCUUUUCAAGUACCGAAACGGGGCUCGAAAGGCCCUUAAGCAUUCCCAGAAGAAGGUGGGCAACAGAAUGACUUCGUGCCAGCUGGCAUCCGCGGGUUCUGUACCCAAUAACAACCAAUCAUCAUCGGUUGUUUCCAGGAAAAUCUAUGUGACAACUGUAGGGCCUCAGGUUAAUCCGGAUAAGCUUAGAUCAUUCUUCGCGAAGUUUGGGGAGAUUGAGGAAGGUCCUAUUGGGCAAGACCCUGUGACUGGAAAGUUCAAAGGGUAUGCGCUUUUCGUUUACAAGACGCCCGACGGGUGUAAAAAGGCUUUAGAAGAGCCUGUGAAGGUGUUUGAAGGUACCCAGUUGCAGUGCCGACGGGCAGUGGAGGGAAACCGGGGGAAUAAGAGUCAGACAGGAGGUGGUGCUGCUUCAAUCCAGCAGACUGAUAUUGCUUCUGUAAAUUAUGGUAUGGGUGUGAAUCCAUCUGCAGUUAUGGUGGCUCAAAGUCCGGGAAUGGGGUUGGCGAAUCCGGUGCUGGCAUCGGCAUUGGGUCAGACGGUUUUGCCGCCUACAGCUGCUGCUACCGGGUUUCCCCAUUCAAUCAGGGCAAACCCGGCAUUGGGGUUGGGUUUUGGUGGGAAUUACGGUAUCAAUAACAUAAGCCCUAGCGUGAUUGGUAGUUAUAGUUCCCAAGCGGUUUUGCAGGGGAGUUAUGGUCCCCAAGUAGCCGCUUUGCCGGGUGGUUAUGGUUCCACUUCUCAAGCGGUGGCUUUGCAGGGUCUGGGUGCUUACCAGAGUGCCCAAUUGGGACAAUCUUCUGCUGGAGCGAUGGCAGCGGCCGCCACAACAACGCGGCCACAAUCUGGUUUUGGAACUUCGGGAACUACCUUUCCCUCUUACUUUGCCCGCUAGGUAAGCAAGCAGAGGAUCAUGAGACCAUUUCUGUAUUUGCAACCCUGUUGUUUGCCAACUUCUGUUAUCUAGCACAUUCCCAUCUCAAGCUCUAGCAAUGGCGAAGUUUGCAGCUUUAUGAGGAACUCAUUCAGAAACACCCAUAUCAAUUCCCUUCCGAGUCUCUGACAAUGGUGAUGCAAGUUAUCAAGCUUGAAUUCUGCUCAGCUUAUUGGCCAUUGAUUGCAACGCUGAAAAUCUAAUCUUUGUUCUGUCUUUUUUCUUUCUUGUUUCAUUUUUCUUGUACUGACUAGCUUUAAUUAGGGUUGUUUUAUGAAAUAUUUGCUUGCAUUUCUUCCCUAAUUAUGCAAAAAAAAUUAGUUGUUA